CCCAGAAAUCUAUCUACUAAACCUUAAUUUUUGCAAAAAGGCAAACCUCCUUUCCUAAUUCCCCAAAAAUGAAAAAAAUGCUCGCUUCUAGAUUCGCAACCAGCAUUUCCAAGAGAAAUCUCAGCGCCUCUUCCUUCUUCGGCUACAGUUAUCCUGAUUGUCGCUUAAUUUUAACGCCUCACCGUUCGAUCUUCACCACGUCACCUGUCCAGUUCUCAUGGAUGGACUCGAUCAAAGGUGUAUUUACCGGCAAGAAGGCUUCUCCAGAUGAUCCAAACAUCAGCGCAGAAUCCUUCACUCUCCUCCGAUUCGCCGAUGAAUUGAAGAAUGCUAGAAAAUUGGGGAAAUUUAAGCAAUACGUAGUUGGUAGAAGCAGCGACGCAACAUUUGCGGAUGUUUUCGAGAAGCAAGAAGCCAUUAUUAGAUACCUUGGAGGUUGUGAUCCGACCGGAAUGAAUCUUCAACCAAGUCAAAAGAAAGAAGCUGCGAAGCAAUGUGAUUGCACGUUGUUGGAUGUCGAGAAUGCGCUUGCAAAGUUCACUUGGGCUAAAGAAGCACAUCAGAAGAUGGCUCAACUGAAAGAGGAAGGGAAACCGAUGCCGAAGAGUUUUGCUGAGGUGCAAAAGCUAAUGGGUUCCACACCAUUGGAUCGUGCCAGGUCUAACAUGGCAAAGAGUGGGCAAAUUAGCAGAAAUGCGCUUUGUCCGUGUGGUUCGAAGAAGAGAUACAAAAGGUGCUGUGGCAAGGAUCAAUAGAUUCGAAGAUGAAGAUAGACAACCGUAUGGCUUACAUAAAUCCUUAAACCGGUUGAAAGAAUCCAGAUGCAGUUGCAGGUGACUUUCUUUCAUGACUCUCCUGGUUCAUGUUUCUCAAUUGGACAGCUUUGUUUGAAUCGGGCAUUUUUUAUUAGGGAUAAGAGUAACGUUUAUGUACUUUUUACUUUUUGAGUUUUGAAUAAUGACGAUUCAUGUUAUAUUUUUGUUAGUUUCGUGCAAUUGGUUAAGCUUUUUAUUGGAACAAA